GGCUGGAGCCCUUCACAGGGGGCUGGAGCCCAUCACAGGGGGCUGGAUCCCACCACAGGGGGCUGGAUCCCCCAGCAGAGCUGGGGAGGGGAGCAGGGCUGGAUCCCCCAGCAGAGCUGGACCCGUUGUGUGUAUGGAGUGCACUCACAGGAACCCCAGGAGGGCUGGAUCUGCCUGGGGGGGCUGGAUCCCCUUAUGGGGGGUUGAUUUCUUCUGGGGAGGGCUGGCUCCCCUUGCAGCGGGGCUGGAUCCAUUUGGGGGAGAACUGGAUGCCUCUGCAGGGGGAUGGAUCCCCUCGAAGGGCACCUGAGGGGGCAGGCCCGGGGAAGGCUUGGGCUGGGGGGGCUGUGCUGAGAGGGUCAUGGAGUUGGCCUGUGGAGCUGGGGGAAUCUCUGGGGUUCACCCCAUCAGUUCCGGGAGAGGCUCAAGGAUUCGGGGUGCAGCCCCCCAGCUCCUUGUCGUGCAUCCAGCAUCCGCGUGGCCCCCCCAAAACUCCAGCGCUGGCGAGGGGAGAGCCUGGGAGGGCUCUUUGGAGAGCAGCCCCCCGAAAUGGGACCUGGCGAGUGGAGACCCCCCGGGGGCACCCAGCAACAGCACGAGCGCCGGGGGGGCGGCGGCAGGACCCCAGCUAGAGCCCCCCGGGGGGGGCACGGCCACCACGGAGCCUUCGGCCGUGCCCGAGGGGUGCCCGGGGUGCGGCGGGGAGGGCGAGGCCAGCGCCGUGCCCCCCCGAGCCGUCACCUGGCCCGGGGCCGGGGGCACGGUGCCGGGGGCGCUCGGCAGCCCCGAGGAGCCGGGCAGCGGUGACCGACCCACGCCCGGCCCGGGGGGCUUCGGGGGGCUCCCGGCCGCCCCGCCCAGCCCCCCCGGGCCCCGGCUCGCCACCGACUCUGCCGAAUCCCAGCCGCGGACCCCCGUGCUGGGCGAGCCCGGCGCCGGGGGGGACUCGGGGGGUGCCCCGGAGCUCUGGGCCGCCCCGUCCAGCCCGGCCCCGGCGCAGGGCGCCCGCGGCUGGACCGACCUGACGUGGCUGCAGGAGCCCGGCGCCGCCGCCACGGGCCCGCCCCAGCCCCCCGCCGAGCGCGGGGGCUCGGAAAUCAUCGACGUCGACUACUACGACCUGUUCGAGGGGGGCCAGGGACUGGGGGGUGCCCCCGGGGCCGGCCGGCGCCGGGAGCCCGAGGGGGCGGCCACGCCCUGGGCCCUGCACGAGCUCUACGACGACUUCACGCCCUUCGACGACGCCGAUUUCUACCCCACCACCUCCUUCUACGCCGACGGGGACGACGAGGACGAGCUGGAGGACGAGGAGGAAGAGGAGGAGGAGGACGGCGGGCUGCGGGGCAGCCCCACGGCCUGGCCGCGGCCCGGCGAGCGGGGCCCGCCCGACAACGGCUCCGAGUGCCGGAGCGGCUACGUGCGGCACAACAGCUCCUGCCGCUCGCUCUGCGAGCUCGUCCCCAGCUACUGCCACAACGGCGGCCAGUGCUACCUGGUGGAGAGCCACGGGGCCUUCUGCCGGUGCAACACGCAGGACUACACGUGGCACAAGGGCACACGCUGCGAGUCCAUCGUCACCGACUUCCAGGUGAUGUGCGUGGCCGUGGGCUCGGCCGCGCUCGUGGUGCUGCUGCUCUUCAUGCUCACCGUGUUCUUCGCCAAGAAGCUCUACCUGCUCAAGACGGAGAACAGCAAACUGCGCAAGACCAAAUACCGCACCCCGUCCGAGCUGCACAACGACAACUUCUCCCUGUCCACCAUCGCCGAGGGCUCCCACCCCAACGACGACCCCAGCGCCCCGCACAAGCUGCAGGACUCGCUGAAGUCCUGCCUGAAGGACGAGGAGCCCUUCAACAUCCACAACUCGACGUCGCCCAAGCACGAAGGCGGCAAGGGGGAGCAGGACGCGGGGGAGCUCAACUGCCUGCAGAACAAGCUGGCGUGAGCGGCGGCGCCGGGGCCGGGCUCCCCCCGCCGCAGCCGCGCCCCCGCCCCGCGCCCCUCCCGCUCCCUGGCAUGCUUUGGUGUGUUUUGUACUGAGGAAAACAAAAAUCCCGGUGAUCAUUCGGCCGUGUCGUGGGGGUGUUUGGUUCGUGCUCCGUGUUUCUCGCUUGGGUUUGUUCCGCGCUGUGGUUUCUAAACCUUUGCCGUCCCGCAACUGACUUUUUUUGUACUUUUUGCCCCACUUUUUUUGAAAUACAGGGAAAAACAACAAAAAAGGAGGAAAAAAAAAAAAAGAAA